CGCCGUUCCCCUUAGUGACCGGCGACGCGGGCAAAAUGGCGGCGCUAGGGGUGGCGGAGGCCGUGGCGGCCCCACACCCGGCUGAGGGGGCCGAGACGGCCGAGGCGGUGGAGCUGAGCCGCACCCUGAGCCGCCUGCUGCCGGGGCUGGAGGCCGACAGCAAGCCGGGCCGGCGGCGCGCCUUGGAGGCCCUGCGGCGCGCGCUGGAGGAGCCAGGCCCUGCCGCCGACCCCACCGCUUUCCAGGGCCCCUGGGCGCGCCUGCUGCUGCCGCGCUUGCUGCGCUGCCUGAGCGACCCCGCCGAGGGCUGCCGCGCGCUGGCAGUGCACCUGCUGGAUCUGGGCCUGCGCCGCGCCGCGCGGCCCCGCGAUGCCCUGCCGCGCCUGCUGCCCGCGCUCGCCGCGCGCUUGGCCGGCCCCGAGCCCGCGCGCCGGCCGCCCGAGGCCUGUGAGGAGCUGCGCCUGGCGCUUGUGCAGCUGCUGGGCCUGGCCGUGGACCUGUGCGGCGCCGCGCUCGCGCCCCACCUGGACGACGCUCUGCGCGCGCUGCGCUGCUCCCUGCUCGACCCCUUCGCCGCCGUGCGCCGCGAGAGCUGCAGCUGCGCCGCCGCCCUGGCGCAGGCCACGCCCGGUCCAGGCUCUCCGGUCUUCAGCCACAAUGGGUUUGCACCCCCAGCCUUUCACCGCUGGUCCUCCCUAGUCCCUGGGUUGCACAGGUGUCAUCAGGGUGGGACGCUUGUCCCUGAGCCUCUUCCUGUGCCGGGCGGUACAGAGCUCUGCUUGGCAGCCUGGAUUGUGUACUGUUCCUGCAGCAAGGACCUGGCGUGGGAGAGGAAGGGAGACCACUUCCACAUGCAGUCGGAGUCUCUGAUCGGGCCCCUGAUGCAGACCAUCUCCCACCAGCACUGGAAGGUCCGUGUGGCCGCCAUUGAAGCCACAGGCGCAGCGAUCCAUUGUGGCAACGGGAAGUCCGUGGACGACGUGCUUUCCCAUUUUGCUCAGCGACUGUUUGAUGACGUCCCGCAGGUCCGGCGGGCGGUGGCCUCCGUGGUGGGCGGCUGGCUGCUGUGUCUGCGUGACCGUUACUCCUUCUUCCACAAGCUCAUCCCUCUGCUGCUCAGUAGCCUCAACGACGAGGUGCCUGAGGUCAGGCAUCUGGCUGCCAGCCUCUGGGAGGACGUUGGCCUGCAGUGGCAGAAGGAGAAUGAGGAGGACCUGAAGGACAAGCUGGACUUUGCCCCUCCCACCCCACCCCAUUACCCUCCACAUGAGCGCCGCCCUGUGCUGGGCUGCCGGGAGCUCGUCUUCAGGAACCUCUCCAAGAUCCUCCCUGCCCUGUGCCACGACAUCACCGACUGGGUGGUGGGGACCCGAGUGAAGUCGGCACAGCUGCUGCCAGUGCUGCUGCUGCAUGCCGAGGAGCACAUCACGCAGCACCUGGAGGUCAUCCUCCGGACCCUGUUCCAGGCCUGCACCGACGAGGAGGCAGCCGUGGUCCACAGUUGUACCAGAUCUGCAGAGCUCGUCGGGACGUUUGUCAGCCCUGAGGUGUUUCUGAAGCUGAUCUUAUCGACGCUGAAGAAGACGCCCUCCGCCUCCGGCCUCCUGGUGCUGGCCUCCGCCAUGCGGGGUUGCCCCCGAGAAGCCCUCCAGCCGCACCUGGCAGCCAUCGCCACGGAGCUGGCACAGGCCCACAUCUGCCAGGCAUCUGAAAACGACCUCUACCUGGAGCACCUGCUGCUGUGUGUGCAGGCUCUGGUGUCUGUGUGUCAUGAGGACUGUGGCAUGGCCAGCCUGCAGCUCAUGGACGUGCUGCUGACAAUAGUGGCCCUCGCAGGUGCUACCGGCCUGAGGGACAAGGCACAGGAGACGAUGGACUCACUGGCCAUGGUGGAGGGUGUCAGCGGCUGCCAGGACCUCUACCGCAAGCACAUCGGUCCCCUCCUGGAGCGGGUGACCGCGUCACACCUCGACUGGACCGCACACUCGCCAGAGCUCCUGCAGUUCAGUGUCAUCGUCGCGCAGUCAGGCCCUGCCCUGGGAGAAGUCCUGCCACACGUCGUGCCCACGCUCAGGGCCUGUCUGCAGCCCUCCCAAGACCCGCAGAUGCGCCUGAAGCUGUUCUCCAUCCUGUCCACUGUGCUGCUCAGAGCCGCGGACACCAUCAACUCCCAGGGGCAGUUUCCCAGCUACCUCGAGACGGUGACAAAGGACAUCCUGGCCCCCAAUCUGCAGUGGCGUGCGGGGAGGACAGCCGCGGCCAUCCGCACGGCUGCCGUGUCCUGCCUCUGGGCGCUCAUCAGCAGCGAGGUCCUGUCGGCAAAGCAGAUACGGGACGUGCAGGAAACACUGAUGCCCCAGGUCCUGACCACCCUGGAGGAGGAUUCGCAGAUGACGCGACUGAUCUCGUGCCAUAUUAUCAACACGUUCUUAAAAACCUCGGGCGGCAUGACGGAUCCAGAGAAACUCAUCAAGAUUUAUCCUGAACUCUUAAAACGCCUAGAUGACGUUUCCAACGAUGUGAGGAUUGCAGCCGCCUCCACCUUGGUCACCUGGCUGCAGUGUGUCAAGGCUGCCAACGCAAAAUCCUACUAUCAGAGCAGUGUCCAGUACCUGUACCGAGAGUUGCUGGUUCACCUUGACGAUCCAGAGAGGGCCAUCCAGGAUGCAAUUUUAGAGGUCCUCAAAGAGGGCAGCGGGCUGUUCCCAGAUCUCCUGGUGAAGGAGACGGAGGCCGUCAUCCGCAAGCACCGCUCGGCCACCUACUGCGAGCAGCUCCUGCAGCAUGUGCAGGCCGUGCCAGCCACACAGUGACCACGCUGGUUUGAGCCACGGCACACCCUUGUCCCCACCUGAGCCAGAGUUUGUGGCCUUUAAAUCUCAUAAACAAGGCACCUCUGUGCCAGCAGUGAGACUGUGACAGCAAGAAUGUACUCCUCAGGACACCUGCCCGCUCUUUCCCUGGAAUAACAGCCUCUGAGUGGAUUCUGCAUGUUAUGUGAUUUGUUCUGUUCAUCGAGAGGGCUCCCAAACGUCUACAGCUGAUUUGAAAUUAAAAGUAAGUCGCAGCCGCUCCUCCUGCAGCCACAUCAGCAGCAUCUUAGAUUUUACGCCUCACAUGCGCAACUGGGUUCAUGAACUAUUGGCUGCAUCCUGCUUAGGUGCCCACCAAGAAGGUUUUUACCUAUUUAACAAAAAAGAAAGAAGCCAAAGUGAUUAGAAAGAAAUGAAAUCUCUUUUUGGGUUCUGUCUCCUGAAAUUUAAUAUCUCAGUGAACAGACUAAAAGGAAUUUGGAAUCCUAACAACUUAUCAGAUUUCUCCUGUUUUACAUAUACUGGGACUUUAAAGGUUAUGUGUCCGGUCACCGUAUGUUUUAAGUUGGUAAUGCUAACAGUGUUGAAAACAAUGUUUCAUGAGAUCUGAUUGUGGUUGCCUCUGUAGGUAGCAGGAAAGGAAAGUUGCAUUUCCCUCUCGCACAUUCUACACCCAAGUGCCUAAAAGAUCUCAUUGUAAGUGGGUAGUGUUACCGGAAGCCAUUGUGUUCACACGGGGGAAAUGCUGUGUAUAUUUUUCAACAAAUAUUAACAUUUAUACUUUCAUGUUUGAAAAUUUAAUUAAAAAUAUUUGUUUUAA